AUGUCAGAGAUUCGACAGAGAAAGAAUCCUGAAUAUGAAGAAUUAAAAACAAAAAAACUGAAGAAGGAAAGAUCAUCUAUUGUGAUAUGGCGGAAACCUAUCAUAACACUAAUGUUUUUCUUUAGAGAACUUAUAAGUGGCAAAUACUUGGUGUGUGGAUACUGGAUUGGACUUGGGGUUCUGUCCUCAGUUGGUCUGGGAACCGGCCUACAUACCUUUCUUCUCUACCUAGGACCUCAUAUAGCUUCUGUAACAUUAGCUGCUUGGACUUGUAAUUCUGUGGAUUUCCCUGAGCCACCUUACCCUCUGGAUAUUAUAUGUCCAGAUGAAGAAUCCUCUUAUGACAUAACUCUUUGGACAAUUAUGAGUAAAGUCAGAUUGGAGUCAUUUAUGUGGGGCUUAGGUACAGCUCUCGGAGAGUUGCCUCCAUAUUUCAUGGCACGAGCAGCACGUCUCUCUGGCUCAGAGGAAGAAGAUGAAGAAUAUGAAGAGUUAGAAGCUGUUUUACACUCACAAAAGAAGGAUCCAUUAACUCGUGCUAAAAAGGCAGUUCAUAGAUUAGUUGAGCGAGUUGGUUUUUUUUUUGGCAUUUUGUUGUGUGCUUCUAUUCCAAAUCCACUGUUUGAUUUGGCUGGUAUUACCUGUGGUCAUUUUCUGGUACCUUUCUGGACCUUCUUUGGAGCCACCGUCAUUGGCAAAGCUAUUAUUAAAAUGCAUAUUCAGCAAUUAUUUGUCAUCAUUGCUUUCAGUAAAAAUCAUGUGGAGUGGGCAGUAGACUUGAUAGGUCUCAUACCCUAUAUUGGACCAUAUCUACGUAAACCUUUUAGUGAAUACUUAGAGGCUCAAAAACAAAAACUUCACACAAAACCUGGUACAGAAUCUACACAGAGCACAGGUCUACUACAGUUCAUAUUUGACAUCCUCUUAGCCAUGGUAGCAUACUUUGUUAUCUCUAUUAUCAAUUCAAUGGCACAGGCAUAUGCUAAGAGAGAAGAUGAAAAGAUGCUUCAUUCGUUAUUGUCGUCGUUAGACAAAUCACAAGACAAUAUGGUCCAUGAACACAAAUAA